GGAACAUGGGCAGAUCCUGACCAUCAUGGACUGCAUGCAUCCCACCAGCCUGACCAAAGGUUGCUGCGUGAUCCAGGAGGGAGACGACGGCUCCACCGUCUACGUCCUGGAGGAGGGGACGGUGGAGGUGACCAAGCAGGGGACGACGCUGUGCACCAUCGGCCCGGCCAAGGUGUUCGGAGAGCUGGCCAUCCUGUACAACUGCACCCGCACGGCAACCGUCACAGCGCUGACAGACAUCAAGCUCUGGGCGAUCGACCGUCAGGGUUUCCAGACGAUCAUGAUGAGAACCGGUCUCAUUAAACACUCCCGGCACAUGGACUUCGUCCGGAGGGAGGAUGUUCGUACCGCCAGCGUCACCGCUGUGGGAGACGUUACCUGUCUGGUCAUUGACCGAGAGCUGUUCAAGCAGCUGAUUGGAGGACUGGACGACGUCAACAACAAGCAGUACGACAGUGAUGAGAUCAAGGCAACCGUGCAGGCCGAGGUGGAUUUCUUCUCCCGCGUGUCUCUCAGUGAUUUCAACAUCAUCUGCACUCUGGGGAUUGGAGGCUUCAGCCGCGUGGAGCUGGUGCAGCUGAAGAACGAUCCCAACCGAUCGUUUGCCCUGAAGGUGUUGAAGAAGCGUCACAUCAUGGACACCAGCCAGCAGGGCCACAUCCUGUCAGAGCGCCGCAUCAUGAUGGAGGCUCACAGCCCGUUCAUCAUCAGGUUGUAUCGGACCUUCAGAGACUCCAAGUACCUGUACAUGCUGCUGGAGGCGUGCCUCGGAGGAGAGCUGUGGACGCUGCUGCGAGACAGGGGGUCGUUUGACGACGGCGUCACUCGCUUCUACACCGGCUGUGUGGUCGAGGCUCUGGCGUUCCUGCACUCCAAAGGGAUCAUCUACAGGGACCUGAAACCUGAGAACAUCAUCCUGGACCACCGAGGAUACGCCAAGCUGGUGGACUUUGGCUUUGCUAAGAAAGUGGGUCUGGGUAAGAAGACGUGGACGUUUUGUGGGACCCCCGAGUACGUGGCCCCGGAGAUCAUCCUCAACAAAGGCCACGACAGCUCCGCGGACUGCUGGUCUCUGGGGGUCCUGGUCUUCGAGCUGCUCAGUGGCAGUCCUCCCUUCUCCGGCUGCGAUCCCAUGAAGACGUACAACGUGAUCCUGAGAGGCAUCGACAUGGUCGAGUUCCCCAAGAAGAUCACCAAGAGUGCUGCAAACCUCAUCAAACGUCUCUGCAGGGACAACCCGUCAGAGCGACUGGGGAACCAGAAGAACGGCGUGAAGGACGUCCAGAAGCACAAGUGGUUUGAAGGCUUCAACUGGGACGGCCUCCGCCAGGGUGCCGUGGUGUCCCCCUUCACGCCCACGUUGGCCGGGCCAUUGGACAACAGCAACUUUGACUAUUUCCCAGAGGACGCAGACGACCCUCCUCCUGAUGAAGAGUCGGGCUGGGACCUGGAGUUUUAGGAUCGUCUGAACAACCCCGUCUCACUCCCAACGCGUCAAAUACAGGCCCCUGGUCAGUGGUUUAGUGUCUGUAUGGGACUGUUGGGCUUCAUGGAACGGAGGACCAAAAUGCAGAUAGGCAGUAGGCAAAAGAGGGUAUUAUCAAAGAUUUACUAACAAAAGGUGUCCGCUAGUGAUGGCGGUCUGACACUGAAGCUUCGAUACGUGCUUCAAAACAUUAACUACAAUUCAAUUUGAACCCCUGCUCCGAAGGUUGCUUUGGUACGGGAAGAAAUCACGUG